UUCCCAUAUCUACCACUCACAGUCACAGAGGUCCCUUUCUAGUUUCUACAACCAAGAAAGAAGAAAAUAGUGCAUUUUCUCCUCUCCGGUGCCGGAAAAUAUCGCCGGAUCGCUCCGGCACGGUUUUGUUCCUCAAUAAACUCUGAUUAUCUUUAAUUGAUUGAUCGAGUAACGCUUUUUGAGCUAUUGGAUUUUGCAUGGUUUCCGUCAAUGGCCUUUAGGGACGAGACGGUGUCGUACAAGCUAAAGUAGGUCUCGGUCACCGGUUUUCUACUGGAUUAAUAUAUAUCAAACUGGCGAACUUGAUUGUGCAGGAACGAAUUCAUUUGAAUGUUGCCGAGGUGACUCAGUGAUUCAUUUACAAAAAAUGUCUUUCCCCAAAAGCGUUUGGAUGCUUCGAGAUGCUGGAUGUUUGACUGAUGGUGAGAUGGGUUAUGAUAAUCCUUCUAGGAUUGAGCCAAAACGGGGUCAAUGGUUUAUGGAUGCCAAUGGACCACAACUUUUCAACAAGAAGCAUGCAAUGGAGGAUGUUAAUGGUAGACCUGUUUCAGGAGUUUCACAUAUGAAUGUUUCUCCAUGGGAUAACGCUUCUGGUUUUCAGUCAGUUCCAGGGCAAUUUUCUGACCGACUCUUUGGAUCUGAACAGAUGCGGACUGUUAAUCUGGUUGAUAGGAACAUUCAAUCUAUUGGUAAUGGAAAUAUGAAUGUGGGAAGAAAGAGUUUUGAUAAUCAAUAUGGAAACAGUCCAUCAGUGGGUUUGUCAAUGUCUCAUACCAUUGACGACCCCUCAUCAUGUCUCAAUUUUGGUGGGAUUCGGAAAGUUAAAGUCAAUGAAGUUAGGGAACCUGAGAGCGCAUUGACCACUUCUAUGGGGAACUCAUACACCAGGGUAGAGAGUAGUAACAUUUCAAUGGGUAACUCCUACACCAGGGUAGAGAGUAGUACCAAUUCAAUGGUUAACUCUUAUAACAAGAGUGAUGAAAACACCAUUUCCCUAGGUCCAACUUAUAACAAUGAUGAUGGUAGUGUCUCAGUGGGACCUACUUUCACCAAGGGAGAUGAGAACUUCAUUUCAGCAGGUCAGACUUUUAAUAAGGGGGAUGGCGAUUUCAUAUCAAUGGGCCACAACUACAGCAAAAGUGAUAAUGGUCUUUUAUCGAUGGGUCAGCCCUAUGACAAGGCGGAGGGGAAUUUUGUAUCAAUGAACCAAUCAUAUGAAAAAGGAGAGAGUAAUAUCAUAUCAUUAGGUACCUCUUAUAACAAGGGCCAUGAGGAUUUUAUUUCCAUUGGUGCAAACUAUGGUAAAUCAAACAAUAAUUUUAUUCAAAUGUCUCCCUCCUACAUAAAGGAGAAUGAUAGUAUGAUAUCAAUGGGUCCGACUUAUAAGGCUGAUUCAAAUGUUCUAGCAAUGGGUCCUAGCUAUGAUAAAGGAGACUCUAGCAAUCUAUCGAUGGGUCAGAACUACAACAAGGGUGAAAGCACUACCAUAUCUUUUGGAGGGUUUCAUGAUGAACCUGAGACUAAUCCCUCCGGUGGUAUCAUUAGCAGUUAUGAUUUGUUGAUGAGUAACCAGAACUCAUCUCAGACUUUGGAAUUAUCUGGGCAGAAGAUUUCGGUUGAGGCUAAUGUGGAUUCAAGUGUAAAUGGAAUUCCAAAAGCUGAUUCUCAAAUUGAUGCCAAUCCAAAGAAUAAGGAGCCAAAGACUGUUAAGAAGGCACCUCCUAACAACUUUCCUUCAAAUGUCAAAAGUCUAUUAUCAACUGGUAUGUUUGAUGGGGUUCCUGUGAAGUAUGUUUCCUGGUCACGGGAGAAAAAUCUCGAGGGAGUUAUAAGAGGGACUGGGUAUUUAUGUUCCUGCGAUGGCUGCAACAAUUCAAAGUCUCUCAACGCAUAUGAAUUUGAGCGUCAUGCUGGUUGCAAGACCAAACACCCUAAUAAUCACAUAUACUUUGCGAAUGGAAAGACCAUUUAUGCAGUUGUUCAAGAGCUGAAGAAUACUCCACAGGAGAUGCUGUUUGAUGCAAUUCAAAAGGUGACAGGGUCCCCUAUUAACCAAAAGAAUUUCCGUGUGUGGAAAGCAUCAUAUCAAGCUGCAACUCGGGAACUUCAGCGCAUCUAUGGAAAGGAUGAGGUAACCAUACCAUCUUGAGAUGAGAAUCUUCUGCACAAAAGGUUUUGAGGUAAGUUUCAUAUGGGACCUGUGAAUAGCAUUAUACAGUUGGUAAAUUAUAGACUGAUCUGGAAUUUGGAAAAUUUGAGCUGUUGAAUGUUCAUAGGUUUUUGGUUCAUUUAAUAUUCUCCAAAAUUAGGAUACUACACAUUUGUUAACGGAUUUUUGGCAGUUUAUCAUCAGUUCUUUUUAAAUUAGGAUGGUCAAAGCACUGAAGGGUGUAUUUGAAGCAAAAUUGUUCAAUGAUAUACUGCAAGUACUAUGUCAAAAUAUUAUUCAAGAACUGAAUGGUUACUACUACAUUUUAAGCU